AUGGAGAGCUCUAAAAAGUAACUUCUAGAUAGGACUGCAGAGUAUCUUAUUCAGAAUAAUCAAAAACUCAGUAAAGAGUACGCUGAGCUUAAAGAACAGUAUGAUAAAAUUGUUGUAAAAUCUACACCGAAAGCAAAAACUCAGAAUGUUCACAUGUUAAAAGCAGCCUUAGGAACUCCUGAAUCUUCCAAAAAAGUUCUGAGAAUAUUUGAAAAAGAUAUCGAAUUUCUUGAAAGAAGACUGCUAAUGCCAAAAGAUAUUGACAUUGAGUAUAAAUUAGAAAUUCAGAUUAGAGAGCUGAAAAAACAGCUGGAGUCACUUCGAAAAGAAAACGAAAGACUUAACAAAUUAACCUUGCAAGCCAAAGAAGCACCUGUAAUAGCCCAAAACCCAGAAAAUGAGCUUCUAAAAGAAAUCAACCAAUUAAAUAAAGAAAUUGACAAAACUGAUUCAAAAAUUACAAAAAAUGAAAAAAUGCAAGAAGAACUGGCACAGAAAAUCCCAACUUUAGAGUCAAAAUCUUAUAAAUUACUUACAAAAUUAGGAAAAUAUAAAGAAAGAAAUGAUGAAAAAGCAAAGAAAUUUGAUGAUAUGAACAAGAAAUUGACGAUAAUAAGCAAUAGCUGGAAAUCAAACGUUGCCAAAUAUCAGCAAAUAAUUAAAGAAAUGGAGCAAGAAGAAGGACAAAUCAGAGAAAGGUUUGUUGGGAUAAAAACAAAAGUUUUUAAAAAAGACCAACAGAUGAGGCUACUCCAUAUGACUCGCGACGAGCUCAUUUCAAUGAGAAGCUCCCCAGACAAGCCUGACGAUGGGAUGUUCCGUCCUGAUGUAAAUUUUUUGUACAAGCCAUCAGUAAAUGCUUUGUAUAUCUAA